AGGACCUCCUGAGGUGGCGUGGCCAUGAAGCGGCUCCACACGUCCUGGGUGUAAAACUCCACAGUGUGAGCAUUAGCGAUGCUCAGAGUUACAGACAGAAACAGCUUAACUUCAUCUAUUCGACGUUGAAUUUCUGUGAGGCCGUAUGACUUGGAUAACAUAUUACACAGCUCUCCAAAGAAGGCCCGAGUGAAGCUUAAUUGACUGAAAUGGCACCGGUAGAUCAAAAAAUGAAGAAUAAGAGGUUCACCGCGAAAGAUGGCAACUGGAAGAAAUCAAAAAACAACGCACAGGGUGUCAAGAAAAAGAGGAAAUGGGUCCCCGAGCACAAAGUAUACGAAGGCAGUGUUAAUGAAGGUCAGGGGUUUGCUUUCAAGAGGAAGCAAAAAGUCCAACAUGAGUACAACAAGCUGCUGCGGAAGGAGAAGAAAAAGAACAAUGAGCCCAAAGCGCUGUACAAGGACGAGUACCCAGAACACCUCAGGCAUCUAUACAUGGCCGAGGCAGAGAAACUGAAGAACGAGGCCUGGACCCAUCGAUUGAACAGGAGUAAGCUGAGAAUGAAAGGGCAGGAGACGGGAGAAGAAAUAGAUGACAAUCAUGAUGAAGCUGAUGCUGAUGCUGAUGCAGAAGCUACUGGUGGAUCUGAGCAGACUGAUAAUGUCACUGGGGACCCUGAACCAACAGCAGCCUCAGAGAAAGACAGUCUUCCAAUGAGCAACCGCAUGAGGAAGAAAAUGCUAAAGAAGACGUCCUACCAGAAGACAAAAGAGGAAUUUGAAUCAAUCACAGAAAAACGGAAAAAGAAGAAAGAGGAAUACAUUAAGAAUAACAAGCAGAGAGAAGAAGCCAUUCAGAAGUACAAACAGAAAAAGGCGGAGACGUUUCAGAUGCUCAGCAAAAAGACCAAGAAAGGACAGCCCAAUCUCAAUCUCCAAAUGGAGUAUCUGCUUCAAAAGAUCACCCAAGGAACUGGGAAAUGACUCCCCAAGUUAAAGCUGUAAU